AUGCUCAAGAUAGCACCAGCAUUGAUGCGACGGUAUAUCGAUGGCUUUAGCCCAUUUUGGUUUGUAACGGUUAUGGGGACGGGUAUAUCCAGCGACAUACUGCAUUCGUUCCCCUACGAGGCAUAUUGGCUGCGCAUAUGUUCCUAUAUCAUGUUCGCCAUAGCAUGUCUACUAUUCCUAACACUACUUGCGAUAUGCAUUGCAAAUUUGGUCACAACCGUGAAACGGAACUCACUUACUGCAUACUGCGAGAAGUUUUUUCUGGAUUCAACGCAUAACGUGUUUUGGGGCACGUUUCCCAUGGGGCUGAUUACGAUUCUCAAUUUUAUUUUCCAACUUUGUUCCAGGGAACUGAAGGGGACGAUAAGCGCAGAUAGGCUAAUAAGAACGAUUUAUGUUCUCUGGUGGUUCGAUCUCGUAGUUUCAUUAGGUACAGCAUGGGGUGUCACAUUUCUCAUAUGGAAAAGCUUCCAUGGGGCAGAUUGCUCUCCGCAUGAUUGCAUACAAACAAAAGUAAUGCGUGAAAAGCUUCAAAGUGUCCUGCUACUACCAAUAGUUCCGCUAGUAGUUGUGUGCUCAUCAGGAAGCCUCUUUGUGAUGAGUGAUCUAUUCACUAAGAAUAUGACACGCAACAUACAAUUGGUAACGUUAGUCAUCAUCGCUAUGGUAUGGUUACACGCACUACUUCUAGUCGUGUUCAUCACAACCAUUUACUUCUGGAAUCUCUAUGUGAAUAAAAUUCCAAAAAUUACUGCGAUAUUUUCAAUGUUCUUGGUGAUUGGUCCCCUUGGACAAGGAAGUUUUGGUAUUCUUUUACUCACCGAUGAUGUCAAGCUUUAUACCGAACAAUAUUAUCGCUUAGAUUUGUCCGAUUUUGAUUCGCGGGUAAUCCAAGUUGCGGUAACGUGGAGUUUCAAAGUUGCCGGUGUAGUCCUGUCAUUAAUGUUAAUCUCGACAGGUAUUUUCUUCACAAUUAUUACGUUAAUGUCGAUUGCAUCUUAUGUCCAUUCAAAAGAUUCGGACAUAAAAAUUCAUAAGUUUCAUAAGGGGUGGUGGGCAAUGACUUUCCCUCUGGGCACGAUGGCUUUAGGAACAAAUGAGUUUUACAAACAGUAUAAUCCGUAUGUUCCUCUCUCGGCGUUUCGAGUGGUGAGUGCAAUAUAUUCCGUGCUCUGCAUAGGAAGCACUAUCACAUGCCUCAUUGGAACUCUUUACAUAGCAAAGCAGACAGCACACGACGAAAGCAACAAAAUCAAGUCAUCAGCUUCAUCUGCAUGUUGCAAAUAA